AUGCAAUUACAAGCAUUCAUAUUCUGUGGUGGGGGGCAUAACUUAUCGCCUUUUUCAAGUUCUACCUUAGGUGAGUUUAAUGAUAACCUGGAACAAUCUGGUCUCAAGGAUACUUCUAAUACUAACUCUAAUCCCACUGAUACUACUGCUUCUAUUUCUGCUACCACAAAUAUAAACAUAGAUACAAAGGCAAGGACAAAAACAACUAGUAGUAAUAGCAGUGGUAACAAUGAUACAGCUAACAAUGAUGACAUUGUUAACAUGGAUUUCGAUUUAGAUUUCGAUUUCGAUAUUAAUGAUUCAAUUAUCACAGCAACCGGUCAUUUACCAAAAGCAUUAUUGCCUGUAGCUAAUCGUUUUAUGAUUGAAUAUGUUAUUGACUGGUGUGAUCAGGCAGAUUUUCAUGAAAUUAAUAUUGUUGCUCAUAAAGAUGAAAUCGAUAUUAUUAAGUUUGGUCUUUCUGAAUUUCUUAAAUUGAGAUAUGAACAAUACAAAAUUAUUGAAUCAAACUUACAUUCACAUACUAAUAAUAAUGGUGGUAGUGGUAAUAAUAACAAUCAUAAUCAUUGUAGUAACGGUGGUAGUAAUUUGAAGAUGGAACAUUUGAAAAAAAUUAAUUUUAUACCUACCAGUUCAGCAUCAAUGGGACAAAUUUUGAUUAAUGAGCUUUUGCCUUUGAUUAAAAUGGAUUUUGUCUUGUUACCAUGUGAUUUCAUCACUGAUAUACCACCACAAAUCUUCCUUGACCAAUAUAAUAACAGAGACGACGAUAAUUUGGCAAUCUCUGUCUUUUAUCAAAACGCUUUGGAUAGCACCUUGGAUAAGAAAAAAAUGAAGAAAGAUCAAAUCUUCACUGUUUAUAACGAUGAUUUUGACCAUCAAGAGGUUCAAAAACAACCAAUUUUGUUGGAUAUUUAUUCGAAUGAAAAUGUUACAAAGACAAAAUAUCUACAGAUUAGAUCACAUUUGUUAUGGAAAUAUCCAAAUAUUACUGUUUCUACUAAAUUGUUGAAUUCUUCUAUAUAUUUCUGUUCUUAUGAAUUAUGUCAAUUCUUAAAGAAACCAAGGAAACAGCAUCAUAAUGAUCAUAGCAAUAGCGUCAAUCAUAAUAAUCAUAAUCAUAAUCAUAAUAAUAAUAAUACCAAUGGCGAUACAAGUUUAGCUGAUAAUAACAAUUUAGAUGUCGGAAAUAUUAAUGAUCUUAAUUCACAAAAGUUACCCUCUAAUAAUAGUAUUGAUAAUGAAAACAACACUCAUAAACAUAAAAAUAAUGGUGAUGAUGAUGACAAUUCUCAAAAUAGAAACUCAUGUGUCAUUAAUCCAUCAUAUUUCAAACAUAACAAUAACUUGUUGAUUCCUGAUAGCAUUAACACAAAUACAACUCUAUCUAAAUUAUUUAGAGAUUUAGCAAGAAGAUCCUGGAGACAUGUUAAAGAAAAGAGAGAAACUGUUGGUAUUUUUAUCCUACCUAAUCCAUCAUUAGCCACAUUUAUUCGUUCUAAUAAUUUAUCUACAUUGAUGGAUGCAAAUAGAUUUGUACUAAAGAUCAAAUCAACUACAUCGUCUCUGAUUGCAUCCUCAUCUGCUAUUGGUGCAGAUGCAUUGGUUGAUCCAUCUGUUAUAUUAGGUGAAAAAAGUUCUGUUAAAUUGUCUACUAUUAGAAAUAACUGUAUUAUCGGUAAAAAAUGUCGUAUCAGUGGUUCUAUAAUCUUAGAUGGUACAGUUAUUGAAGAUGAAUGUAUCUUAGAAAACGUUAUUGUGGGUCCUAAUGUACGCAUUGGUGCAAAAAGUAAAUUGACUAAUUCAUAUAUUGAAGGAAACUAUGUGGUUGAACCUAAAUCAAUGAUAAAGGGUGAAACUUUAAUGAAGGUUAUUGAAGAUGAAAACGAAUUUGAUGAGGAUGGAUACGCAAUAUACAAUGGAUCUGAUUAUGAAGCUGAUCAUUUGAGCAGUGAUGCAAUUUACUCCUCCUCUGAUGUUGAUAGUGCAGACGAUUAUUAUCAUAACAGUGACGAUUCAUUCGAUGAUGAUGUACAUGAUGCACAUGAUUUUUUUGAACGUUAG